UGCAACAUGGAGAAUCGGGUGAAAGGCACUUCUCUUGUUUAUAGGGCGCGGUAGUGUGUACGGGAGUUUUCGCCAAAAUCAGUCACUCAAAAAAAGUGUAAGUGAUACAAUUUGUAACACAGAAGGAAGGACGUUUACAAAAAUGUCAGCGGAACGCGUAACAGUGCGUGUGGACGACGGCAGCGGUCCUCCUGCUGCGUUUCCAGUGGCGUUAAAGAAAAUACUGGAAAUUCCUCCGCCGAAUUUGCUGGAAUGUACAGAUGAACAUGAGAAAGAAAAGAACCUUUCAGAAGAUGAAAUGGACUCCAGAGGUGGAGUCAGUGGACUGGGGCCAUCAGCUGCCCUGACCCCUGCUAUCUGGGACAAAACAAUUCCGUAUGAUGGCAAAACAUUUCAUCUUGAGUACAUGGAUCUGGAGGAAUUUCUGAUGGAGAAUGGCAUCACUGCUUCUGAAAAAGUCCAAGAGAAGAGCCUUGUGAGGGAAAGCUCUGAGCAGAUAUUAGAGAAAGUCCCCACCAUCAUACCAAAAACAGAACCAAGGCCAGCAACUCCCAUCUGUCUUCUACCAACCAUGGAGCUGGAGCAGUGUGAAGAAGUAAUAACUGUUGCAUCAAACCCUGGUUCGGCACAGACCAAAACGGGCCUAACCACAGAGUGUGAACGUCUGACCCCAGACCCUGUUAACCCAGAGGACAUUGAGAUAGCAGUGAACUUCGAGCCAGAUCCUGCAGACCUAGUGCUUUCCAGUGUACCUGGAGGAGAACUCUUUAACCCUCGCAAGCAUCGCUUUAGUGAAGAUGAUCUCAAACCACAACCCAUAAUCAAGAAAGCCAAGAAAAUAUUUGUCCCUGAGGACCAGAAGGAUGAAAAAUAUUGGCAGAGAAGAAAGAAAAACAACAUUGCAGCAAAACGAUCCCGAGACGCCCGGCGGGUAAAGGAAAAUCAGAUCACAGUCCGUGCUGCCUUCUUGGAGCGGGAGAACGUGGCUCUGAGGCAGGAGGUGGCUGAGCUGCGCAAAGACUUGGGAAGCUACAAGAAAAUCAUGGCUUGCUAUGAAGCGAAAUAUGGAGAACUGUAAGAACCUGAUCUUGGCAAACAACAGCUGGGCGAUUCAUGUUUUCAAGAGAAGUUAGUAAAUCUACUCCAUCUCAUGACUAAACUGAAACCUUUACUACAGUCACAAUUGCCUUUUUCCCUAAACUACUUUAUACCUGAGAUAUUAUUGGAUUUUUUUUUUUUUUUUUUACUAAAAAUUGAGGCUUCAGGGUAAUAAAUUGUGUUUAGAAAAGUGUUGUAAUGGAAAAAAUGUUAAUCAAAAGGGAACAAAAUACCUUGAUUUUAACAUCUGAAUUCACUAUCGCAUUGUUAAAACCCUAUAGUUAUGAUUGCCGUAUAAUUGUCUUUAUCGGAUUAAAAAAAAGUUAACUUUUAACAGUAACCAUUUAUAUAAAUGGUAACUUUGUUAUUUUUUUAAAUAUUCAAGUAUAUGGAGGUUAGGCUUAUGUGAAAAUCUGUGAUCUAAAAGAGAGAGAAGGCUCUGAAUAUUAAUAUGAUGUAGAUUUGUAGAUGGUGUAUUUUUCAUACAUUUAAAUAUUUUAUAAAGUACCCCCUUGUCUUCUUACCCUUGAGCAAACUGAUAAACUGAUUAUCCAUAUAAAUCUACAAUAAUGCAUAAAAAAAAAAAAAAUUACUCACUCAUUGUCGGUACCGCUUCAUCCUGUGAUCAGGGUUGCGAGGGCAUGGAGGCGGGGAACCUUCUGGACAGUGUGCCAUCGCAGGGCACGCACAUGUACACACACACACUUGCACUCAUUCAUACACGAGGGGCAUGUUUGGAAUGCCAAUUAUCUUAAUCGGCAUGUCUUUGCACUGUGGGAGGAAACCGGGGCACCCAGAGGAACCCUUCAAGCAUGGGGAGGACAUGCAAACAGAUCCAAGGUGGGAAUCGAACCAGGAACCUAGAGGUGCAAGGCGACAGUGCUAACCACUAAGCCACUGUGCCACCUAUAAUAAAUAUAUAGAUAUAGAUAGUUUUAAUGCCCUCAGCAUAAAGUGAUAAUCAGAAGCACAACAUAUUUUUUUUUAGAUUUUUUUUUACUAUUGUUUGUAAUGUUUUUUUCUAUACUGGGUACACCUUUUAAAAACUCUUAAAAGUUUCCACCGUUUCUCUACGGGGUUGAGAAAUUGCGAGUAUGGUGGAAGGAAAUGCGAGAUCAUCCUCUCACAGGCCACUCUUUGAGAAGUUUGGCACAGUAAAAAGCCAUAUCGUCCCAUACAGUUAUAAACAUUGUUAAAUGCACAAGUUUUGGGGGAUUUACUUAAAUUUAUAGUAACAUUAUGUAAAAUGUAUCUCAAUCAUGUACCCUAGCAGAAUGCAAAAUCUCACCCUGUUAAGCGUAGCAGAUUUCGCUGCACCAUCAGUCCAGCCUCUCUGACAGAAUGAUUGUGAUUUAUCACAUAAUCAAUUAUAGUAGCCUUACUAUUUUUUGAGACAAUAAUUCUUGGUCCCUCCCUCUCCUGGCCACUCCAGUACCCACUGCACUGUAUAUAAUUUUCUUCAGAUUUUUUAUAUUUUUUAUAUCCUGUUAUUAUGAAAAUGUAUCAAAUUGCCAUCUAAAUAAUUAUAUCUAGGCUUUGAACUCAGGUGUAAACAGUAUGUUGACAUGCAAAAACAUGCCUAUAAAGUUUUGCUUUUCGUUGUGUGUGACAAUAAAAUUAAUGCAUUUUGUCAAAGCAGUUAAAAAUGGUUCACAGUUUAGUCCACAAAGAAUUUUGUUGUGCUGACUGUAAAGAUUUUAAAGAAAGUUAGGUCAUUAUUGAAAAGUUUUUCUUAGCAAUUGCAAAAAAAACCCAAAAACAAUCGAAUAACUUGAAAGCUAUCAAUAAAAAAAACAUAGUAAAAUAUCACUGUUAUCUGUUUGAUCGUGAAACAAAGUCCCAUAAAACCCCAUGUUUUAGAAACAAUCCUAAAACACAAUCGUGUCCCCAUGUGAAAACACAAAAUAGUGACACAGAAAAAAAGACUUUAGCUGGGUUUUCACAAUCUGGGUCACGGAUAAUCCAGCUUUGCUUUCUAAAGGAUUCCUGGAAUGCUUGUGAAUAUGUUAACAGCAAAGUGUUAAAAGAUUUAACUUUUUUAUAUAUAUAUUUUUUUUACACAUUCAAGUUGUUACUUUACUGUGCUUUAAGCAAGUACCCCAUAAACCAGUGAUUUUGAACGCUGACUUGGAAUAGGGUGUAACACUGUAUGUAAAACUAGUAUGUCUUGUGACCGAGUAACUAUUUCAGCUUCAAGUUUAAAUGUUAUUUCAGUGGUGAUGAAAGUUGAACAGGCUAUCCAGUAAUUUUGAUAAAGUAUACUACCAUUACUCAUUUGAUGGCAGAGUUUCUAUUUCAAGGUUGUACAAUGACCAAACUGUCUCGGAUUAUCAGGGACUGCAUCACACAUCUGUGCACUUACUUGAGCUGCUUUGAAUUAUUUGUAGACUAAAUAUGAGCUUCCCAUCUGUAGAUAGUAUAGAUGGAAUUCAAUUAAGGGCAUUGUGUUGCAGUGACUUUUAGCAACCGUUUAAGUUUAUUGCUAAAAGGCUAAUAUACUAGUGCUUCCUAAAAUAAAUAUUCAUUCUUUUUUUUCCUCCACUCUGAAACUGUCUACCAGGUACUGUGUAAAUGCUUUAUUUAUUUAUUUAAAAGCCCUUAAAGUGUGACUUAACUGAAAUUCUGAUUGGUCACCAGAAGGGGUAGGUAUGCUGACAAAGCUCCAUGUUAGUAAACCCAGAAACGGUGCAGAACGUAAAUUAAAAAAAUAUAUAUUUUCUGACCUGAAAAAAAUUGGGAAUAUGUACCACUAUAUUAAUUUUACUGCAUGUCUAAUAAAAGCUUUACUUCGUGAUGAAAGGGGAUUUAAAGCUGUAUGUCAUUGCCACUCCAGUUCACAUCUGUUUUUUUUUU